UGGGCGGAGUCGUGCCCGCCCCGCGUGACGCCCCGCCCCGCCUGUGUGUGCAGGAACACCGCUCAUACAUCCACUGUUGUUAGCGGCGGACCACUACGGGCUACUGGAUUUUUGGCCUUUUUAUCAGAAAACUUGGCAUCCUUUUCCAUCUCUGUGAGCACGAGAGCCGCCCGUGGUUGACUGCGCCUCCGUACACCAGUGUGUCGGGUUGUUUGCGGUGGCUGUCCCACUGAGAGGUGCCUCAGCCGCCUCAGGUAUGUUCUCACGAUGAAGAAACGUGUGGUGGACCAGGAAGCAGUGUUCUCCUCCCAACAGCAGCAGCAGCAGCGUCGACCCACCAUCCAAGGGCUCCCUGAGGGCCUGCAGCACCGCGCCCUCACCCCGGCCCCUACUGCCAUAGAGGCCCCCACAGACAUGCAGCCAACCAGCGGCAUCCAGUAUUCACUUCCACAAGGCUACCAGGUGCCUACCAUGGCUCAGAGCAGCAGUGUACAUGGAGUGAAGAGUGUGGCCCCUCACGUCGGGCCCCAUACACACAACCAGACAUACCAGAGCCAGGGCCCUGCUGUGGUUCAAGGGCACGUCCAAGGGCAUGUCCAAGGGCAUGUCCAAGGGCACGUCCACCCGGCGCCAGCACUCACCUCCACGCAGGGCCAGCAGUUUCAAAGGCUAAAGGUUGAAGAUGCCCUCUCCUACCUGGAUCAAGUAAAGUUACAGUUUGGAAAUCAACCACAAGUUUACAAUGAUUUCCUGGAUAUAAUGAAAGAGUUCAAGUCUCAGAGCAUCGACACGCCCGGAGUGAUAAACCGCGUGUCGCAGCUGUUCAAAGGCCACCCAGACCUCAUCAUGGGCUUUAACACGUUCCUGCCUCCGGGAUACAAGAUCGAGGUGCAGACCAACGACAUGGUGAAUGUGACCACGCCCGGGCAGAUCCACUACAUCACCCCUCACGGCGUGUCAGUCCACAACAUCCCAGUAACUGGAGCUCCCAGCCAGCCCGCCACCCAACCAACGAGCCAGCCUCCACCCCCACCCCAGCCGCAACAGCAGAGCACACCAGCCCCUGCCCCUCAGGUCACACCAACCACCCCCACCCCUGCGGCCCACACACAGCCCCCGCCCAACAAGGUCAACAAGCCUCUGCAGUCUCCGGCUCACACACCCACCACCCAGCCCAACCCGUCCAUCCCGUCGUACGCCUCCCCACGCUCCCCUCCGGCCCAGUGCCACACCCCCGUGAGCAGCACCCCAUCCAGCGGACCACAGCCCCAGAACAACCAGCCCGUGGAGUUUAACCACGCCAUCAACUACGUCAACAAGAUCAAGAACCGCUUCCAGGGACAGCCAGACAUCUAUAAAGCCUUUCUGGAAAUCUUGCACACGUACCAGAAGGAGCAGCGCAAUGCUAAAGAGGCCGGUGGAAGCUACACUCCAGUGCUGACGGAGCAGGAAGUCUACACCCAGGUGGCCCGGCUUUUCAAAAACCAAGAAGACCUGCUCUCAGAGUUUGGACAGUUCCUCCCUGAUGCUAAUAAUUCAAUGCUGCUGGGUAAACCGACACCAGACCGGGUGGAUUCAGUUCGUAAUGACCAUGGAGCCACAGUGAAGAGACCGCUCCUCAACAACAAGCAGAGGCUUAGUCAGAACGGGCUUCCCCUGAGGAGGCCUGCAGGACUGCCCCUCACGCCUCCCAUCAAGAAGAAACCAAAAAUAAUGGGGAAGGAUCAUGGGAUAGGCGAAAUUGGCAAGCACAGCACAAGCACUGAAACUAUGUUCUUUGAAAAGGUCAGGAAGGCCCUCAGGAGUCCAGAGGCUUAUGACAACUUCUUGAGGUGUCUGCACAUCUUCAACCAGGAAGUGAUAUCUCGAGCUGAACUUGUCCAGCUGGUCAUCCCGUUCCUGGGAAAAUUCCCAGAACUUUUCUCGUGGUUCAAAAACUUCCUGGGCUACCGAGAGUCCAUGCACAGUGAGUCAAGCCAUGCCGAGAGCCUGCCAAAAGAGCGCAGCACAGAGGGCAUCGCCAUGGAGAUAGAUUACGCCUCCUGUAAGAGACUGGGCUCCAGCUACAGAGCCCUGCCCAAAAGCUACCAGCAGCCCAAGUGCACCGGGAGGACGCCUCUCUGCAGAGAGGUUCUGAAUGAUACAUGGGUUUCGUUCCCGUCUUGGUCCGAGGACUCAACCUUUGUGUCCUCCAAGAAGACCCAGUAUGAAGAGCACAUUUACAGAUGUGAGGACGAGCGCUUUGAGCUGGACGUAGUUCUGGAGACCAACCUAUCCACCAUCCGCGUGCUGGAGACGGUGCAGCGCAGACUGUCCCGGAUGCCCGCCGAGGAGCAGGUGCGUUUCCGACUGGACAACAGCCUGGGCGGCUCCUCGGACACCAUCCACAGAAAGGCCAUUCACAGGAUAUAUGGAGACAAGGCCCACGACAUCAUCGACGGCCUCAAGAAGAACCCUGCAGUCUGCGUGCCCAUAGUCCUCAAGAGGUUGAAAAUGAAAGAGGAGGAAUGGAGAGAAGCUCAGAGAGGUUUUAACAAAGUAUGGAGGGAACAGAAUGAGAAGUAUUACCUCAAGUCUCUGGACCAUCAGGGCAUCAACUUCAAACAGAACGACACCAAAGUGCUCCGGUCCAAGUCCCUGCUCAGUGAGAUCGAGAUGCUCUAUGAUGAGCGUCAGGAGCGAUCCUCAGACGAUGUGUCCACAGCGCCCCCUAGCGGCUCCCACAUGACCCUGAGCUACGAAGACAGUCAGAUCCUGGAGGAUGCGGCUGCUCUCAUCAUCCACCAUGUGAAGAGGCAGGUGGGAAUCCAGAAGGAGGACAAGUGUAAGAUCAAGCAGAUCAUCCAGCACUUCAUCCCAGACCUGCUGUUCUCCCGACGGGGAGAGCUGUCCGACGCAGAGGAGGAGGAUGACCAAGAGCCAGAUGCAACAGAGGACACAGCCAAGAAGCCCAAUGGUCUCCCAGGCAGCGGGCCGCCCAAGUCCAAACUUCUGUUCAACAACUCUGCUGCCCACAAGCUGAAGGGUACAGAGGAUGCCUACAACCUCUUCUACGUCAAUAACUACUGGUACACCUUCCUCCGGCUCCACCACAUCCUCUGCACCCGCCUGCUGCGCAUCUACAGCCAGGCCGAGAAGCAGAUUGAGGAGGAGACCCGUGAGAGGGAGUGGGAGAAGGACUCCCUCGGCAACAAGAAGGACAAGAAUGACAACCCCGCCAUCCAGCUCAAGAUGAAGGAGCCCAUGGACGUGGAGGUGGAGGACUACUACUCGGUCUUCCUAGAAAUGGUUAGGAACCUUCUGGAUGGGAACAUGGAGCCAGUGCAGUAUGAGGACACACUGAGGGAGAUGUUCACCAUCCACGCCUACGUAGCCUUCACCAUGGACAAGCUCAUCCAGAGCAUCGUGCGACAGCUCCAGCACCUGGUCAGUGAGGACGUGUCCAUACGAGUGACCGACCUGUACCUCAGUGAGAGCACAUCCAAGGCCACAGGGGGCGCUCUGUGCUCCCAGGCCUCCCGCAGUGCAGUAGAGGCAGGAUACCAGCGCAAGGCCGAGCAGCUCACAGCUGAAGAGAACUGCUUCAAGUUGAUGUUUGUGAAGGGCCCAGGAGCCGUGAGUCUGGGCAUUGAGCUGCUGGACACAGAGGAGGACAACUCAGAUGAGCCAGCUGAAGCAGAGAGGUGGUCGGACUACGUGGACCGGUACCUCAACACAGACUCUGCCUCUCCAGAGCUCAGAGAACACCUGGCCCACAAACCUGUGUUCCUGCCCAGAAACCUUCGUCAGAUCCGUAAGUGCCAGCGUGGAUGGGAGCAGCUACAGCAGGAUCGGUCCCCCCGUGAAGACAGUGAGCUCAAGAGGCAGUGCAUGUUCAAACUCAACUCCUACAAGAUGGUGUAUGUGUGCAAGUCUGAGGACUACAUGUACCGGCACACAGCGCUCACCCGGGCCCACCAGUCUCACCAGCGCGUCCACACUCGCCUGCACAGACGCUUUCACUCGUGGCUGGAUGCGUGGGCUCAGGAUCAUGUGACCAGCGACAUGGCCGCCCACACGCACAGGUGGCUGAUGGGAGAGGGCCAGGAAGAGCUCAUGCCCUGCUCCACUGCGCUGUGCCCGGAAGUCCUGCAUUACAUCACUGUCAACAAGUACCGUGUCACCUACAGAACGCUAUAGUCCUGCAGCAGAGCGCCACAGACCUAAUGUAGCUCCAAUUCAACCUGCCACAUAAAAGACAUUCAACAACCAGACCCACAAGAC